AUGGCGCUCUAUCUCGUCGCCUGUCUGGUGACUCUCGUCGUUCUCGUCCUCGCCAUCCGAAUCGGAGGCUGGCUGUCCAGGAAAUCGCCCUUUGUUCCAUUGUCCGUCCACUACAUGUUCACGCGCAGGUGCAACUAUGAAUGCGGCUUCUGCUUCCACACGGAGAAGACGUGCCACAUCGAGUCGUUUGAGAACAUGCAGCGCGGCCUAUGGAUGCUGCGGCGCGCAGGCAUGAAGAAGAUCAAUUUUGCUGGUGGCGAGCCCCUGCUAUACCCGCAGUUGCUGAGCAAACUGGUUGCUUUCUGCAAAAAGGAGCUAGGCCUCGAGUCGGUAUCCAUCGUGACCAACGGCAGCAAACUUACAGAGCGGUUCAUGGCCGAUGCCGCACGAUACAUCGACAUCAUCGCAGUUUUGUGUGACUCGUUUGACGAACAGGUUAACAUCCGCAUCGGCCGGGGAAAGGGCGCGCACUUGGCCCAGGUCCAGGAGGUGGCCCAGCUAUGUCGGAAGUACGGCGUCAAGUUUAAGAUCAACACGGUGGUGAACCGCUACAACAUGCACGAGGAUAUGAAUGAACAUAUCCAGGCGCUGCAGCCCACCCGGUGGAAGGUUUUCCAGGUGCUGGUCGUCGAGGGCGAGCACGACUCCGAUAAGACGAUCCGGGACGCCCGCCGCUUCCAGAUCACGGACGACGAGUUCCAGCAGUUCUGUGACCGACACUCGCACAACAAGUGCUUCGUGCCAGAGUCGAAUCGCGUGAUGCGCAGUUCCUACCUCAUUCUUGACGAAUAUAUGCGCUUUCUCAACAAGGGUGUUGGUGAGCCAACAGAAUCCAUCCUCGAUGUCGGCGUGCAGCGGGCGCUGGAGCACGUGUACUGGGAUCAGAACAGCUUCUACGAGCGUGGUGGCAUUUACGACUGGAGUAAAGAGCCGGAGGGAUAUAAUAAUAUCCAGUUCGACAAGGCAGACUUCAAGAAGAGCAUGUACCUGAUAUGUAUAUAUGAUUCAUUCUAUCCACCAAACGCCCUAAAAAUCAUUCUCCGGUCCGAUAUUAUUCAGAACCAAGUCAGGUUGCAUCCAGGCACGAAUACCAUCUCCACUGCGGUGGCGAUAAGCGAUAAGAUUUUUACUUGCCUCUGGUUGGACGGAUCUGCGGAUGACAUUUGCAAUGCUUGUGAUAGGCUGGCGGAUCCCGGAUGGAUAAUUCAUUCGCAUCCAGCCAAUGGCAUGCAAGCACAAUGA